UCUGAAAAUCUCUAAAAAAUCUUCCAAAUUCCAAUUCCUAGGGUUCUUCCUCGCUUCUCUCCUCUCCAAUUCGGCCAUUGUUAGGCACUGAAGUUAAGACCGGGUCGGGUCUAGGAACCGGAAGAUGAUAGACAAUUGUUUGGGAGCUCAAAGAUCUAGGAAGAUCCGUAGAGCUUUGCGUCACUGCAAGGUCACGCUCUUCUGCCUCGUUCUCACCGUGGUCGUCCUGCGUGGCACUAUCGGAGCCGGAAAAUUCGGUACUCCGGGGCAAGACUUCGCCGAUAUCCGCGACCACCUCUAUUCCCGGAAACGCGCCGAGCCGCAUCGCGUCCUAGAAGAAGUCCAAACGACGUCGUCGGAUGAAAACGCCGGCGCCGACACGAACGCCGGGACCAACAACUACAACGAGUUCGACAUUAACAAGAUUUUACUCGACGACGAGUCCGACGAGUCGAAACGCGAUUCUAACGUCCCCUAUUCUCUCGGGCCCAAAAUCUCCGAUUGGGACGAACAACGAUCUAGAUGGCUGAAAGAAAACCCUAAUUAUCCAAAUUUCAUCGGUCCGAACAAGCCGAGGGUUCUAUUAGUCACUGGGUCGUCUCCCAAACCUUGUGAGAACCCUGUCGGUGAUCAUUAUUUAUUGAAAUCGAUCAAGAACAAGAUCGAUUACUGUAGAUUGCACGGGAUCGAGAUAUUUUACAACAUGGCGCUUCUGGAUGCUGAAAUGUCAGGGUUUUGGGCGAAAUUACCAUUGAUUCGAAAGCUUUUGCUCUCGCAUCCGGAGGUGGAAUUCUUGUGGUGGAUGGACAGUGACGCCAUGUUUACUGAUAUGGCGUUUGAGGUUCCUUGGGAACGGUAUAAAGACUCCAACUUUGUUAUGCACGGCUGGAAUGAGAUGGUUUAUGAUCAAAAGAAUUGGAUUGGGCUAAAUACUGGGAGCUUUUUGUUGAGGAAUGGACAAUGGGCGCUUGAUAUUCUCGAUGCUUGGGCUCCGAUGGGUCCUAAAGGCAAGGUUAGGGAAGAGGCAGGAAAGGUUUUGACCCGUGAACUUAAGAAUCGCCCUGUUUUCGAAGCUGAUGAUCAGUCUGCAAUGGUUUAUUUGUUGGCUACUCAAAGAGAGAUGUGGGGUGAUAAGGUUUACUUAGAGAAUGCUUAUUAUUUGCACGGUUAUUGGGGGAUCUUGGUUGAUAGAUAUGAGGAAAUGAUCGAGAAUUAUCAUCCAGGUUUGGGCGAUCAUCGAUGGCCGUUGGUGACUCACUUUGUGGGGUGUAAACCUUGCGGGAAGUUCGGGGAUUACUCGGUCGAGAGGUGCUUGAAGCAGAUGGAUAGAGCAUUCAACUUCGGGGAUAAUCAGAUUCUUCAGAUGUAUGGAUUUACUCACAAGACUUUGGGUAGUAGAAGGGUUAAGAGAGUUCGGAACGAGACCAACAAUCCGCUCGAGGUGAAAGAUGAGCUUGGACUACUUCAUCCGGCUUUUAAAGCGGUUAAGGUAUCCUCCUCUUGAUGAUAUAGGCUUUAUAUGAUAUCUUAUCAUGCUAAGUGAUAGGUUACAAUGUUGAAAUGUCGUGUAUGCAGUGAGAAUCUUAUGUUUUAGGUCUCGAUAAAUAGUUGUUGUUGGUCUGCCGUAUGGAGCAUUGUCUCCUUUUAUUCGAAUUUUCCAUGACCUGAUUAUGGUUAGAGAAAAAAAAUGGUCUGGAGAAAUAAUAUUCUUUUGUUCCUUAUC